CGCCCCCCCCCGAGCAGGGAACCAUAGAGGCGGGUCCGCCGGCGGCGCAGAGCGGCCGCGCUCUCGGGUUUCCGGCGCCGGAAGUGACGUCGGAAAGUGACGCGAAGGGGGCGGGAUGUCGCGGGAGGUUUGAAUCCGAGAGACUCGGAACCGCCGCUGCUGCCGCUGCCCGGCCGGACCCGUCAUGCACCGCGGCUCCCCCCCGCGGCCCGGCUCCCGCCGCAAGGCCGCCGCCCCCCCGCGCCGCUCCCCGCGCCGGCCCGAGCCGCCCCCCCCGCGCCGCCGCGCGCCCGGGCUGCGGCGCCGGUACCGGCCCGGGCAGCGGGCGCUGCUGGAGAUCCGCAAAUUCCAGAAGAGCACGAACCUGCUGAUCAGCAAACUGCCCUUCUCCCGCGUGGUGCGGGAGAUCUGCCUGAUGUACACCCGGGGCGUGGACUUCCACUGGCAGGCCAUGGCGCUGCUGGCCCUGCAGGAGGCGGCGGAGGCGUUCCUGGUGCGGCUGCUGGAGGACUCGUAUCUCUGCUCCAUCCACGCCAAGCGCGUCACCCUCUUCCCCAAGGACAUUCAGCUGGCGCGGCGCAUCCGCGGCAUCCAGGAGGGCCUGGGCUGAGGGGCCUGGACCCCCCUGCGGCCCCCCCGGGCCUGGGCUGAGGGGCCUGGACCCCCCCUGCGGCCCCCCCGGCGCAGCCCCCGGGCCUGGGCUGAGGGGCCUGGACCCCCCUGCGGCCCCCCCGGGCCUGGGCUGAGGGGCCUGGACCCCCCUGCAGCCCCCCUGGCGCAGCCCCCGGGCCUGGGCUGAGGGGCCUGGACCCCCCCUGCGGCCCCCCCGGCGCAGCCCCCGGGCCUGGGCUGAGGGGCCUGGACCCCCCCGCGGCCCCCCCGGCGCAGCCCCUGGGCUGAGGGGCCUGGACCCCCCCGUGGCCCCCCCAGGCCUGGGCUGAGGGGGGCUGGACCCUCCCUGUGACCCCCUGGCGCAUGGGUGGUGUCCACACCCGGCUGGGCUGAGCAGGGUCCAGACCUGGAAACCUCCCCUGGCCCCCCCCCCCGCACCUCCCCUGCAGCCUCCCUCCCUCCCAACCCCCCUCUGCCCCCCAGUUCUGAGCCCCCCUGGCCCGGCUCUUUUUAUUCCCCUGAGCUCCCCCCUCGGGUCCCCCCCCUCUGAGCCUGGGGCCAGGACACCCCAGGAGUCGGGCCCCAGCGAGGGGGGGGGGGCUGCACAGGGUUUUAACCCCGGAUAUUAACGUCUGCCCCAGAGCCCCCCCGCUGGAGAGGGGGCGCCCCAGCGAGGGUGUGGGGGGGGCCCUGGAGCUGGGGGGGCCGGGGCGUUGUACAGCCCGGGGCAGCUGCUGUCACGGCAAUAAAGUUGGUUUGAAAUUGUCUCGGAUUCCCGCCCCCCAUCUCUCGGCUCCCUGCGGCCUGGGACGACCCCCCCUUCGGGUGCCAGCCCCUCUCGGGGGGGGGCGCUCGCUCUCGGGGGUUAAACCCUGGGCCCCAGCACCCCCUGGGCUGCACCUCUGAGCCUGCAGCGCCUGGCGCUGCCGGGGGCCCCCAGAGCCCCCCCCCGAUCCCGACCUGCAGGGACCCUGCGCCAGCGUCACGGGGGGGCUGCCCCCUCCUUCCAGCCGAGCCCCCAUGUCCCCUCCCCCGGCAACAGGUCACCUGGGCCCCCCCGCCUGCCCCCAGCCGCGUCACCCUGUCCGGGCCAUUGCAGGGGUCCCGGCCCUCCCCCACCUGGCCACAUGCGGCACCGGGGGGAAACUGAGGCACCCACUGUGCUCACGGUUCAUUUAUAACUUGGUGCCCAUUAAUGUCAUGGGGUGACGCCUAGUUCCUGUGGUAGGGGAAGGAGCAAAUAACACCCUGUCACGGACUCACAGAUGGUGCCCACGCGUGGCCCCGUGCGGUCUGUGGGGGGGGG